AUGCCGCGUCAGCGCCGCACCGGACGGGGCCUGAUCAGUCUCGACGGUUGGUACUUUGUCUCGGAGGCGAAGGAGGUGAAUGAAGCGGCAGACAAGGCAUACGACCAGAUUGAGAUCAAUCGUAUGCGUGCCUGUGCGGUGGAAGUGGACGGUAAGACGUUGCACUUCUGCCUAGAGCCCAAGGAGGUGGCCAACAGAGGCGAGGUGGAAGACUGCGCUGCCAAUUUAUCUGGCAUGUGCAGGGCAUGCACGGAGCGAAUUUCGAGGUUCGCGCAGCUGAUCGGAGAAGACGGGACCUACGUCGCCUUCAAUCAGGAAGUCUCUGAGAAGAACGUGGAUGCAAUCCGAGCCAAUCGCGACCAGCAGGAGCGCAGUCCGGAAGUGUCAGCAUACAACUUCGUCGUGGUAGACCGCGAGUUCGCGGCGAGGUAUCCUACGCACCAGGGCGGUUUUCAGCAUGUGCACUUCACUUUCGAAGACCUCACACCUCCUGACGUGGCGGCGAAGAUCAAGCAGCUGUCCAACUACAUGAACGGCUCCUUUGACAAUCGUUUCCAGAAGUUGAUCGACGACCCGGCUUCGUUGAGAAUCAUCCAGGAGGAGAUUCCGAACCUGGUUCGGCCAGAUCACUGGAAGUCGGUCACAUCCUGGGCUGUGAACUUUGUGGCGAAGGCAGAAGGACGAGCUUGGUCGGAGCUUCCGAUGCACAAGAAGUUCGAGAUCAUGUCCUUCGCCAUGCUUACGGGGCGUUCCCACGGUGCUAUCCACACUGACAUGCAGCAGGCCGGCAACUUGGUGGACUUCAUCACUGACGCCCACAGCAGGCCUGCACUGCGAGCGCUCAUGGACGACAGGAGCAAUCCAGAGACUUAUCAGGUCAGCCGUGUUGCUGGUAUCUUGCGUGACAAGGCAGUGACAUCCUUGUGCACCGUCACACUCACGUGGGGCGGUGAGGGCCAGCCGAACAAGUCGGACCUCGAUUUGCACACGAAGGUGGACGGUGUGGAGCUUUACUUCAGCAGGAAGGUUGUCGGAAAGUGCCAGCUUGACUUUGACGCGAACGCAGGGACCGUUGAGCCUUUCCCCGCCGAGAACAUCUCGCUUAACCAGCAAGGCACCUUCAUCAUCAGGGUCAACAACUACUGCAACCGUGACUCCGCCAGCGUUCCCUUCCAGGUCACCGUCAAGAAGCCGGGCUCUAGCCAGGUGUAUACAGACGUUUGGCCCAAGGAGCGUGCAAAAGGAAACUUCAUGGAAGUCUGCAAAGUGACUGUGACCCCCGAGGACUUGGUCGAGGAGCCUGUGGAGCUCUCGGCUGCAGAGCAGAAGAAGCUGGCCGCCAAAGAGGAGGAGUGGAUGCGCAUGGUCGGAGAGCCAAGGUCGACAGUUGCCACCGACGCAGACAUUGCCGACACCGAAGGCCUCGAGAUGGUCUUGGUGAAGUCAACGGCCUUCAGUCCCAGCAGCCGUGGCAGCGCACAGGCGGCCUUCGCUUCGAUGCUGACGGCGCCCCCUGCCCGACCCGCAGGCAAGGCUUCGUUGGCGACUCGAUGCAAGCUGGACAGCCUCCUUGGCUUGAUUGAGCACGUCUCCGAGACUCCGUGCUCCUUGUUGGUUGACCCACGAAACUUUGUUCCGGGCUAUGUCACACACCUGCAGACAGAAACGGAUGUGCUCUUCGAGAACUUUGCUGUGAACGUGUACCACCGGAAGAAUGAGCUGCCCCAGGCCCCAAGAAGCGACGAGCAGUCGACCGUCCGAUUCGAUCCAAGCUGGGGAGUAUCCAGCAUGGCAGCUGUGCAUGGCUUCAUCAAGUUGAAGAACCACUGGUUCAUGGUAUUGAAGGGGGCCCAUCUUCCCAAGGAUCCCUCCUGGCCGCGGGGUGGAGGCAUGUAUCCUACCAAUCUGAAGCCUGAAGCACACCACCACCGCAGCAAGUGGGUUAGCUUCCACGCCCUGGUGCUGCCCGAGGAGCCCGCAACCGGCGUACCGCUCAUUGGCUCGGCACUGGUUGGUUUCCCAAGCUUCCGCUUCACCCUCGAUGGCAAGGAGAUCUCCGUUUCUGCGGAGUGA